AAACAUCUCUCUCUCUAGCAAAGAUGGAUUCGGUAACGCUCUACUGCACCGCCGCUCUAGUCGCCGGCGGUCUCUACUGGUUCGUCUGCGUCUUAGGCCCCGCAGAACGAAAAGGCAAACGAGCCUUAGAUCUCUCCGGCGGCUCCAUCUCCGCCGAGAACGUCAAAGACAACUACAACGAAUACUGGUCUUUCUUCCGCAAACCAAAAGAGAUCGAAACCGCCGAGAAAGUCCCCGACUUCGUCGACACGUUCUACAACCUCGUCACCGACAUCUACGAGUGGGGAUGGGGACAGUCUUUCCACUUCUCCCCUUCCCUCCCAGGCAAAUCCGACAAGGACGCGACAAGGAUCCACGAAGAGAUGGCAGUGGAUCUCAUCAAAGUCAAACCAGGACAAAAGAUCCUCGACGCAGGCUGCGGCGUAGGUGGGCCUAUGAGAGCCAUCGCGGCCCAUUCAAAGGCCCAUGUAACGGGAAUCACCAUCAACGACUACCAAGUCAAACGAGCCAAGCUCCACAACAAGAAAGCGGGUCUAGACUCUCUAUGCGACGUCGUUUGCGGUAACUUUUUACAGAUGCCGUUCGAUGACAACACUUUCGACGGCGCUUACUCGAUCGAAGCCACGUGUCACGCUCCCAAGCUGGAGGAAGUGUACGCGGAGAUCUACAGAGUGAUGAAGCCUGGAACUUUGUACGUCUCUUACGAGUGGGUCACGACGGAUAAGUACAACGACGACGAUGAGGAGCACAAGGAGGUGAUUCAAGGGAUCGAGAGAGGAGAUGCGCUUCCUGGUCUGAGACACUAUUCAGACAUAGCUGUUACGGCGAAGAAAGUUGGGUUUGAGGUUGUGCAAGAGAAGGAUUUGGCUAAACCACCGGCGAAACCGUGGUGGGACAGGCUUAAGAUGGGUCGGAUUGCGUAUUGGAGAAACCAUAUUGUGGUUGUGGUUCUGUCUGCUAUUGGGAUUGCUCCGAAAGGAACUGUUGAUGUUCAUGAGAUGUUGUUUAAGACUGCUGAUUACUUGUCUAGAGGUGGUGAGACUGGUAUCUUCUCUCCGAUGCAUAUGAUUCUUUGUAGAAAACCAGAGAAAGUUUCUUCCGAAUGAUGGGAAAAAAAAAAUCUUUGUUUUUUUUUAUUUUUUGUUUUGCCCUUUAAGAAUCUUGUUUUUUUUUUUUUUCAUUUGGUAAUUCGUAUUAAUAUCACUUUGUUGUUCAGUGUAUUUUUAAAUUUUUACUUC